CACGCUCAGACGCAUUUUAGCUAUCGACACGGUGGGAAGUGAAUUUUUUGCUGACGGCUUAACUUUGUAAGACUUAAAAGGAGGCGAUUGUGUCUUUCGCUAAACAUUUUUAACUUAUUCAAGUAUUAAAGUGCGUCAUCAAAAUAAGGGACGACCAAAAAGGACCCGUUAUUGGUAUCCGUCACAUGCAGGCCCUCCUCUUAUUCCUGGCGAUCGUCGUAAACUACACAGCCCGACUCAGCGUGAGCGUGGCAAUUGUUGCUAUGACAGAUGCAGCCACCACCAACUUGGACUUUCCGGAGUACAAGUGGAGUGGUGUGCAGCAAUCAUACAUCCUGUCGAGCUUCUACUGGGGAUACAUUGUCACUCAAUUUCCAGCCGGUUUUCUCGUUCGCCGCUUCGGGGCUAAGGCGGUGUUGCUCGUCCCCACGCUGGCUACGGCCGUCCUGAGCGGUCUGACACCGUAUUGCGUGACCUGGGGUGGCUGGCAAGCUUUUUGCACAAUCCGAAUUGUGGAGGGUCUUUUCCAAGGUCUGAUCUUUCCGUGCAUACAUGAGCACCUAGCCAAGUGGUCUCCCCCAAAUGAUCGAAACCGACUGGGCGCUUUUGCGUACUCUGGAGCCGACUGCGGAUCAGUACUGGCCAUGGGAAGCAGCGGAUUGAUUGCAAAUGGCUCAAUGGGCUGGCCCGGAAUCUUCUACGUGUCGGCGGGCACUUGCGGGCUGUGGUGCUUACUAUGGGUAAUACUCGGCGCUAACAACGCUCCCAGUUCCCGUCUGAUCGGUUCCCGGGAACGGGAGCACAUCGAGCGCUCUAUGAAGCGGGCUGAUGGAUUUCACGCUCAGAAGAUUCCAGUCCCGUGGCGAGCCAUAUGGUCAUCCAGUCCCUUUUACGCACUAUUAAUAGUACGGAGCGCUCAGGGCUGGGCCAACUCCACCAUGCAACUGCAGACACCCUCCUACAUGCACGGCGUCUUAGAAAUGGAUAUCAAAAGCAACGCUCUUUACUCGGCCCUCCCUUUUCUAGCUAUGUGGGGUAUGUCCUAUGUAUAUCUGGUUUUCGCAGACGUGGCAAUGUCGAGGCAUUGGAUGUCCCUAACCACGCUGCGCAAGUCAAUUAACACCGUUUCCUACUGGGGACCUGCGGCGGCUCUUAUUGGGAUUGGCUUUCUGGAUAAGAGCCAGACCACUCUCGCAAUCGCACUGAUGACAAUCAACGCAGGCUUAAAUGCCGGCUCUGGGAUUGGCAGCAUUCUGACCAUUAUCGACAUGUCCCCAAACCAUUCGGGAAUGCUGAUGGCCAUUGUGAACGGCAUUGGCAACAUCUUUCCGCUUCUAACGCCGCUUUUAGUGGGAGUCAUUGUCAUCGAUGCGGACUCACGAAACCAGUGGCAGAUUGUGUUUGCCAUGACCGCUGUUGUUUUUUUCAUUGGCAACCUGGUGUACUUAAUUUGGGGCACCACUGAUCAGCAGUCUUGGGAUGCCGAAGACUAUCUGCAGACGAAGGACCCGGAAAACGAACCGAAUGCCCAUCAAAUGGAUUUUAAGCCAAGGCCGGAUUCGGAGGCUGAGGCAGAUAUAAAAGCAAAAUAAUUCGCGAAUGUAAUUUCUGGAACGCAAGGAAGUGCGAAAUGUAAAGCCGAUCUAUCUGGCCAGCAUUGUCUAAAUGCAUAUCGGGCGUAGCGUAUGCCAUUUAAUUAAAAAUUCUUAAAACGUUU